AUGGUUAUUUCUUCCAGCUCUUCUGGAAUUGAUCCACAAGUCACCAAAGAGGACGCUCGCAAAAUUAGAUCGUUGGUUAAGUCGUCAUCAGAAAGCUUCGAGGAUUCAGAACACUCCCAGACAUUGAAAGUAGUGACCCAGAAGCCAUUAUCAGAUGAUUCAGAUGACGACUUUUCAUCGGCAAAUCUUUUGGAGAUGGUGGAAAGACAAAAAAAUUCCUACAGAGAGCGAAUGAACCAACUCCAUGCUAAUUGGAAUGGUACCAUCUUUUGUGUUUCUCAUGCAAAUGAAUAUCAUGGCUCGGCAAAUUGGUAUCAUUUUUUCGAGCAAUGGAGAAAUACCGAAUAUGGCAGUCUCUUUGUAGAAUAUGACCAUGGUCAGCAACACGUCACCAUAAAAGCUUCUACUGACAUUUACAGGCAGUUCUUUAUUGCAUCCCGGCUUUUUGACUUUAAAGAACAUUCAAUAAACCAUUGGCUAUUUUUACCUGAACGUCUUAGAGAGUUCACUGCAGAAGAAGUUGGUUUGACAGGAAAGACUCCGCUGACUAUGACAGACGUUAUCGCCUCUGACUGCUGGAUUUGGCAACAAUUUGACGGACUACAGACAGCCGGAAACAUACAAUCGAGCACUCAGUGGGAGGUCAUCUGCGUUAAAGAUAAAUUUGAUAGGUCUCUCGAGGAACUAGGCGUUACGUUAUUGGCUGCUAACAAGAAACUAAAUGAUUACGUUCUGGAAUUUGCUAAUGCGUUGAAUGAGAUUACAAUGCCGGUGGAGCAGAACAAAGAUGAUGACAGAGUAGAAUAA